AUGACGCACAAUCUCAGCGCACACAUGCACGAUACAGGUGGGGGGUUUUACACGAGUGUAGAUCUGCCUAUGUUCCGCCUCGGAUUCAGAUACUAUGCAUGCGAAGCGUAUCCAGAGAAGCCAUCAGCGUUCCGCACUAUCCCAUACGCGGCGACAAAUGUGGCCUUCUCGAUGCAAGAUCGCUCACCACACGUAGAGUUUAGCCGCGAUCGCAGGAGUGUCCGUGCGAACACGGGUUACCGGUCCAUACGCACGCCCGAGCCUAUGCGACAGGGUACGUAUUAUUACGAGGUGCGCGUUGACCGCGGAGGCGAAGAGGUGGUGGUGGACAGUGGCAGUGGGCGUGAUCGUGACGACGGCGGUAAUGGCAGUAGGAGUGCUGCUACACCCACAAACGCCUCUGCAGAACCGCCAAACGCCCACGUGCGCAUUGGCGUCAGUCGCAGACAAGCAGAGUCGGGCGCACCGGUCGGAUACGAUGGCUACAGUUAUGGAUGGCGCGACGCGAAUGGACACAAGGUGCAUCUCAGUCGCUCCCAGCGCUGCGCAGAAGGGUUCAAGACGGGUGAUGUGGUCGGAGUGUUGGUGCAUUUGCCACAGAAAGGCGACUCACAUGCCAACACCAGCAUCAGCAUCAACAGAUCGCGUAUACCGAUCAAAUACAAAGACAAUCUCUGGUUCGAGCUGCCUGAGUAUGCGCAGAGCAAGGAGAUGGAGCUGCUAAUGGAGUUCGGCAGCGAGGAGGAAAUACAGCUCCCGGUGGACCAGGGCGGAGGUAGUAAUAGUAAGAUGGGCAAACGGCCACCGAAAGGCAUCAAAAUACCCCGCAUCCCUGGCUCGUUUAUAGAAUUCUACAAGAACGGUAAAAAGGCACAUACACACCCAGCCUUCACGGAUCUACUUGAUUACACUCCCACACCGACACCUGCACCGCGUGAGCAGGCGAAGAAGAGGGGGAAGGACGCACCCGCACCUCAGCUCAAGCACGAUAUGGACUACGACGACGGUACAUGCGGGUAUUAUCCGAUGGUGAGUCUAUUCGGCGGUGGACAGGCAACACUCAAUCCCGGUCCUAAUUUUGUUUGUCCGCCAGACACAGCGCAUAGAUAUACCCCCCUCGCUGCGCGUUUCGAGGAAUUCUGGUAUGAUGAAAUGCGAACGCUAGACGACGCGGCGUGCGCGAAUGCCCCCGUUUACUCACAUCUCGACCAAUACCAGCCACAACCUCAGCCCCAGAUUCAGCCUCAGGCUAGUCCCCACACACUCCCGCAACCCAAGUCCGUCGACGACCCUCCGGCCAACCCCCUUCCAGGCGCGACCGACGCGACACAGAGCCUCAACCAGCAAGUGCACAGUGAGGUGGAUGCGUCGCAGAUUGAGACGCAGUUACAGUUGCAAUUGCAGACACAGACGAAGGAGCAUGUCGCACAAAACCACCUACAACCCAACUCACAGCCAAACUCAAAUAUACACGAACAGCGCACAUUAAACGCCCUUCCACCACCACCGCAACCACCCACCCAGCUCUUUCACCCCACCUUCGACAUACCGUAUCCCAUCGAAAUACCAGAUGCGCCGGAUGUUCAGAUGCACGACGAGCACAUGGAAUCUGACUCGGAUUAUGAGACUAACGGUAGCGCUGGGCGCAGGCAGCGCAGGGGUCACUGA